GCGGCUCCAGUGCUGGAUGCCCGCGGUGAGGGAACGGAGGGCGAAGGAUUUGGGGGUUUCCCACGUCACUGGCAUCUCUCGCGGCGAAGGGGCGAAGGGAGGGGGGCAAGAGUGUAAGAAGACCGCUCUCCCCGUGUUGUGGGCGUGCCAGCAAGUUUGCUGUGGGUGGAACAGAUGAUCCAAGCUCCUCAGAAAGUCUUCUCUUUUUUUGUCCCCUCACGAUAAGAACUUCUUACAGCAGGAAUCCAGGAUCAAGGCAUUUGACCUAAGAUUGUCACUCUGGCUCUGGCGACCUGUUGUCCCAUCUGUUAGCCAGCUCCCAUACCGGUGGGAGGUGGAAUAAGAGAAGCGGGGAGAGAGAAAGAGCAGGCGGAAGAAGAGUUAGCGGAUUAACAUUAAUCCUCCAGCUUUGCACACUUCCAGCCAGACAGGAACAACGACCGGUGUAACAACAGCCUCCUUGAUAACUGCUUCUCCUCCCUUCUGUCCAAGGAGAGAGAGAGAGAGAGACAGGGGUUCCAGUCUACACACAUCCUCUGCAUUCCUGAAGGCCCAAACCUGGAAGAAACAAAUUGGGCUGGUGGCUUCCUUAAAGCUGUGAAGAGGCGCUUUCAAGGGGGUCUACAGAGGUGGGUGGAAAUCAGGUUCCCACACCCAGCUGGAAACCUAGAAGUUCUAUGUUGGUCUUCAAUAGGUCGGAAGAAAGACCUCUGAAGCAAGCAAGAAAGCAAGAGGGACAAGUGAUGGAGGGAUCCUGGACUGUGACCAGUCACUGAGACACAAACACCUCCAGAGUUGUGCCCACCUCUCUUGAACGGCACCUCGCUGUGUUUCUGAGACAGUGUUUCGAUAAACAGGCUAGGAGAUGAGUCUCGGGAAGCUGCCGGUGAUUGGUUGGGUGUCUGGCUCCCACAGCAAGCGCCGUCUCAAAGUGGAGCUGACGCCGGACAUGAUCAGCCCACCACUGGGAGACUUCCGCCAUACCAUGCAUGUGGGUCGUGGCGGCGAUGCCUUUGGGGACACUUCCUUCCUCAGGAACCAUGGCGGCGAGGAUGCCAAGCCCAACAACUUCUUUGCUCGGACACUGUGGCACGUGAGGAGGAGCCCGCUAAGGAGCCGAGGAAGCAGGAACAAGGAUGAGGCCUCUCCUACGCCCCCUGCCAUCUCGCCCAUCAUCAAGAAUGCUGUAUCACUGCCGCAGCUGAAUGAAGGAAGCUACGGGAGCGAUGGCUUUGGAGUACCCUUUGCCUUCAAGAGCACUCCCAACAGCUUCUCUGGCUAUGGAGUGGAAUCUGGAUUUUGCACCAUCCCUCGUGUUCCUCGCUCAGAGAAGACCCAGGAAAGCUCCCACCGUGCCGAACCGGCGCUGAAUCGCUCAGACUCCUUGCUGUCUUUCCGCCUUGACCUUGACCUUGGCCCCUCCCUGAUGAGUGAACUCCUUCAUGUCAUCAGCUUCUCGGGAGAUCACAGUCGCAGCAACGUGGAAGAGGAGGAAAGAGGGGAGAGCAAAAAUUCAGCCUGCAGCGACACUGCCUCAUCUCUUCGCCCAGAGGACACCAGUGGGGAGGACUCAUUGCCCUGGAGACCAGGAUCUCUUCACGCUAAAAGCGAAGAGAGCAAAACUGCACCAAGCUUUUGGGUUCACUCCGAGGCCAGUUCACCGCUGGUGCAAUCAGUUUGUGCCAAUGGGGAUUUUCAUUCCAGAGAGUCGUCGCAGGAAGGGUCACCCUGCUCUAGGGGAAAGAACCCGCCCUCUGAGCUGGGAGCAGUGCCGAAGGAAACCCACUGGCAAGGGCACCAGAAUGGCUGUGACAUGGAAGCAAGAGAAUUCAACCGGGCAGCCCAGGUUUUAGCUUCCUACCGCAGCCUGCAGCAGCGAGAAGAGCCAAGAAACCAAGCCUCAUGGGAAAGCCCAGAUGCCAACAUGUGGCGAUUGAAGGCUGAACAGCAGGAACGCAAAGCCAGAUGGCACCACAGAGCAGAUGAGGAGGAAGACGAGGAGGAGGAGGAAGAAGAAGAGUUCUACAGAGAUGGAGCAAGCAUUGCUAGGGAGGGGCACAGUGAUUCCUUUGACUAUGUUGAUGAGGAGGACGAUGAAGUGAAGGUUUGAACAGCUGUAGCUGCUCUCUUGUGACCUCCCAUCACACUUCCAGGAGAGACCGGUGUUAAAGGGAACUAUGCACCUUGCAGGCCAACUGAUGUGUGAACUCACAGGGUUAGCCUUCUUUGGAGAUGUUCUAGGUGGUGAUAGGCCGGUGAAGGAGGGAGCUCAGUUAUCUGCUUUGCUCUCCUGCUCCUCCUUCCGGCUUUGGUGGUCUAAAGAAAGGGACAGAAGUAAAGCAGAACCAUACAAUGGAGAUGGCCAGCCCUUGUUGCUCUUUCAUUGAGGUCAUCGCUCUGCAAUGCAGCCAGCAAUUUACAGGUGUUAAUGAGUUCACAUUUCCCUUUAACCCCUUUGACUGACUGAUUCUGUCACUGCAAAUUGUGCCAUGACCCCUCCAUGGCCUGGUAAAAAGAAUUUAUCCUUAAGGAAAGAGGGGGGAAACCAAGGAGACUCUGCACACCACUAUCAAACAAUUAUAAGAAGGAAAGUUUUUUGAAAAGGGAGCAAACCUGAGGUCUAGGUGGAACAGGAAAACCCAAAAGAUGCUAGGCUUCCUUCAGUCCUAAGGCAACAUUGUUCACCUAUCAGGAGAUACUUAUGUCCUCUGCUUGAGGUAAAGAUCACAGUAACUAAUCUUCCAGUCCAAUAUUCAAACAUCAAACCAUCCAAGAUGUCCUCUCUCCUCUGAUUAUAAGGAACACCAGACUUGGAUUGGAUUUGAUCUCAAACUGUCUCUUUGGUGUUCCAUCCAUUUCUUCAUUUACUGAAACCUGGAUUGGACCUGGUCUGUUUAUCCUUCCUUUUGCAGUCUAGUGAGGAAAUGUACAUUUUGGUCUUCUAUGAGGUAUCACUCUGAGCUCAUUCCAGGGAAGCCUAUCUAUGAAGUUGUUAUUCACCCUGCUUCCAGGGAUUGCACAGGAAUUCAGUUCAGGAUCCUCCAUUUUGUGUAAGUGUAGGAAUCCAAUUCACAAAAUGGGAGACAGAGGGAGACCUCUUUUCACCCUACUCCCUGGGUCUCCUAAAGCAGGAAUAGGGCAUGUAAGGCCCAUAAGCCAUACCUGUUGUUGUUUUUUAACUGUGUCCUUAGCACUCACAGCCUCCCUGCCAUUGUGGUAGCUCACCCACAGGCUGUUUGUUCUGGAAGAAAAGCACUUCUCAGGGUAUAGCUGGGUGUAGCCCCUCAGUCUGCCUUAACAUGCCUAACUUGUCCCACAUGGGGAACAUGUGGCGCUCCAGAUGUUGGAACCAAAUUCCCACCAGCCCUAGCCAACAUGGCCAAUGGGCAGGAUGAUGGGAGAUGGAAUCUAAAAACAUAUGGUUUCCCCCAUCCCUGUCCUCAAAGAUGUGGCCUCAGUGGGGCCAUUCAGACAAAUAUAGCGGCAUUAUCGAGUCCUCAAAGACUGCACCCCACCUCAAGUUUCACUAACAAAGUGGGGAGAAGUACAUUUGAAAUGUACCUCACAGGAAAUAUUCUCCCACAGCAACAAUUUCCCACCCCAGAAAGAGUGAAUAUGGUCAAGCCUUCCCUUUGAGCUGGUAAAUUACACUUAGGGGUGGUUUUGGCGGGGAAACACCUCAUGUGAAACAUGAGGUGGGUCACUCUGAAUCAUCUCAUGAGGCACAUUUUGAAGAGGUCCUGACAGAAAAGCCUGGGAGUUGUUGUCAUCUUCUCCUAACAUAGUAACAACAUUAGAAUCAGGCUCCUAAGUACAACUCUCCCCUUGCCCCCCACUCUGCAUAUUUUAGGAGAUACUAAUACACAGCCUUUUCCCAGCCCUGUCUGCAUUUUUCUGUGGUCAAAUCACUCUGCUCUCAAGAAACUAUUUAGAUGAUAAACAAAAGGGAUGAGGCGGAUGCCAGAGAGCGGACGCUUGGUAUCCAGAGGACAUACCAGCCAUGAGGAAGAAGUCAUUGUACAGCAUCUGAUAUGGCUGCCAGUAAGAAUCAGAAUGCACCACACAACAUGAUUUCCCAUAGAGAUCAUGUUUAGAAAGACCCAAGAAGAUGCAUUUUUGUUGCUCUCCCUCCCUGACUCAGUUACUGCAAAAAGAUUCCAUAAAGUUUGUUGUCUUGGUGCCUAGCUCGGUUGACUCAAGCAAACACCAGUCCAGAGUAGGGUCUCUCUGCCCUUCUCCCCAGUGUUUGGGAGGGACAGAUAAUGCAAAGGGAGCUUUUCUUGCACAUAAUAUAUACCCUUCAGGAGCUCUUUUCUCCCCCAUUCUGUCCAGCAAGGUCCAGUAUUGUAUACUGUUUGUAUACUGCUAGUUCUGUCCAAGAGCGUUAAUGAUUAGAGCACACAAUUUCUCCAAGGGCUUGGGGAACCCUUGCCUGUCCUUUCCUGUCCUUCCUGGUGUCUCUGCUCAACAAGGGGUGUUGGAUCACAGCAUUCCACGUGUCCUCUGGUUUAGAUGCCUCUUGGCAAUGCCGCCUCUCUGGAAUGAGCCCGUUCUCCCCGACGCUCACACAGAGAGGUUUUUGUGCCAAGGCAGAGAUUUCUGGGGGAUGAGGUCACAAAGCUUGUACCUCACAGCACUCUGAUUGUUCAACGAGCUGGCAAUGGCUGGAGGAAGCCCAUUCCUGCAAACACUGCUAAGGAGAUCUAUGUGGCUGGAGCAGGGAGAGGAAAGCAGGAAGUAACAGCAGGAAUAUAAUAGGCAAGCACUGUGGAGGAAGGCUUCGCCAAUGGCUGUUCCUCACUCCCAUGGGUUUUGACUUGCUGACCUCAACCCACUGGUGGCCUGAGGAACUUGAAGAGUUGCAGUUGCAGUUAUACGUGAAUGGCAUUUGUGGGGAGAUUCAAUACUCGGCUCACACUGGUAUUCCAGGGCUGGUCAUCCUGGUAGUUACUGCUGGGUUCUAGGAAGCACUGGGUUAAAUCUAACAGCCAGACUAGAUACAGGCAGGUAGCCGUGUUCGUCUGACAUAGUUGAAACAAAAUUUAAAAAAUUCCUUCCAGUAGCACCUUAGAGGCCAACUAAGGUUGUCAUGGUAUGAGCUUUUAUGUGCAUGCACACUUCUUCAGAUACCACUUCAGAUAUUCUUCAGAUCCUUAUUAAGAUACCUCUUCUUCAGAUACUUCUUCAGAUACCGUGUUUCUCAUACCCGGUAUUUUAAGGCAUCCCUACAAAAUAAGGCAUGGCAGGAUUUUCCUGAGGUGGAAAAAUAUAAGGCAUACCUCGAAAAUAAGCCGUACCGGGUGGUGGAAGAAGGUCUGUGGCAAAGAAGGGUUGCUGCUGCUGCGUUAACCCCCGAGACCUGGCUGCAGCCUCAGCGUGCAGCGCGUGCAGCCCCAGAACCCGGCUGUAGCCUUUGCGUACCGCGCACGGACACCCAGGACCUGGCUGUAGCCUCAGCGCGCAGCCCCAGGACCCGGCUGCAGCCUUUGCGCGCGGACACCCGGGACCCGGCUGCAGCCACAGCGCGCACAGCCCCAAGACCCGGCUGCAGCCUCUGCCUGCCGCGCGCGCAGCCCCAGGACCCGGCUGCAGCCUCUGCCUGCCGCGCGCGAAGCCCCAGGACCCGGCUGCAGCCUCUGCCUGCCGCGCGCGAAGACCAGGUGGGAGCAGGUCUGUGGACUGUACAGAUACCGGUACCGGUACUUAAUUAAAAAAUAAGACAUCCCUUGAAAAUAAGGCAUGCUGUGUUUUUUUCAGAAAAAAAUUAAUAUAAGACAUGACUUAUGAGAAACACGGUAGUAUAUGAAGAAGUGUGCAUGCACACGAAAGCUCAUACCAAUGGCAAACUUAGUUAGCCAGACUAGAUGUGGUGUUAAGUGUGUCUUUGCAUUUAACAUGCACUUUUUAAAAAAGGAAGCUGCCUUAUACUGUCACCUAAUUGGCCCACCAAGCUCAGUAUUAUCUCCACUGAUGGGUAGUGGUUCUCCAGAGUUUCAGGUGGGUGUUUCUCAGCACUACCUGGGAAGGCCAGGGCUUGAUCCUAGACCCCCAGCAUACAAACAUUCCCACUGAGCUACAGCCCUUGUCGUCAAAGGAAGUUUUGCUCCCAAGGCGAACAGCAGUAUCAAAGGAUUUUUUUGUCAGGACAACAGCAGGGAAAGAAAGAGUUACUCUCCUCCACUCUGCCUGCUGUUGUGCAAGUAGUUAUCAGACAUACAUGCCACAGCUGCUAAUUGCAUUGUAUAUUAUGUGUGUAAAUGUUAAAUGCAACGGCACAUUUAAGAACACGUCUAGUUUCGGCCUAAAGCAGGGAUAAGCAACCUUUUUUUUUUGCCUGUGGGCAAACCAGAGAAAAGUGUUGCUGCAAGACACCAUGCUCACACCAAAACCAAGCACGCAUAAAUACAUGGCAACUACACACACAUGCAAACUCCCCCCUCUGCCAGCAAUUAGACUUGGGGGGGGGGGGGAGAGUGUUGUUGCUUCCUUUUGCAACCCCAGUGGAGGUAAUCUUCCUGGAGAGUGAGGAUGGGGAGGCAAGAGUUAUUCUUCCCUCCCCAAGCUCCAAUAAUCAGGAUGAUCGCUUCCCCUCCACGACGAUUAGGCUGCUGUAUUAUUAUUAAUUUAUUGAAUUUUUAUACCUUCCUUCAUCAGAACACCACAGGGCAGUUUACAACAUAAAUACCCAUAAUAUAAUAGUAAAAGGGGGGAAAUAUGAAUCUUCAAAGCCUAAUUGUGGCACGGGUGUGUGUGUGGAUUUUUGGUGGUGGUGGUGUCACAAGCCACCCUCUCCACAUUGCCCUUGGCUCCACAAUUAGCCUUGGAAAAAAGCUUUCCACUGGCUACAAUUUCCAUUGGCUUAAUUUCAGCAGGCAGGGAAACUGAACCUUGUGGGUGCCAGUGAAUGUGUCUGUGGUGGGUGUGGGCCCAUGGGUGUCAUGUUGGCAACCCAUGCCACAAGGGAUUGACGGUGUGUGAAAAAUCAGUCACCCACUGGAGCUUCCAGAGCUUCCUAGCCAUUUUUCUAUAUGUUAUAGGGAAGCAGAGAGGGGACCUUGUGUUGCUUGCUCUUGACAAACAUCUCUCCAAGAUCUUUCAGCUGUAUCUGAUAAGCUUCAAGCCAAAGAUUUCCCCCCUUCUGUGUAUUCCUUGCACUUAUUACUGUUCUCAAUAUUAUGAUUUUUAUACACAUAUAUUAUAUACUGAUUGGUGAUGUGGUAGUCUUUUUUCCCCCUUUGAGACUGGGACAACUUUAGGGAUCUAGAAUAAGGGUCCUUGGUUGCAAGACCCACCCAUGCACCCUACACCAACAUAUCACACCCAUUCAGAGUUCAUCCUGCAGUUUCCUAACAACUGAAGUCUCCUUCCUUAGGCUAGUAAAAUGGUGAUGAGACUGGGGAUGAAUGAAUGAAUGACUAAUCAUUUUACCAGACUCCUGAGAAGAGUCUCAUUGGACAGCGUUCUUUGGUUGUGAGUCUACAUGAUGCAUCAGAGGUUAGUUACCCAAAUACUCAGAACCACAGAAGAAGCAUUCUUCUUUCUUGCAGCAACACAUGCCCCAGAAUUCUCAACCUCUUUUUGCCUUAUAGCCAACCUAGUUCACGAAUGUUAACAGCCCCCUUGAAAAGCAUCUUUUGCAGGCCUCAGCCUUUGUGUUUCUUACCCUGACUUCCUGCACCAGUGAGUUUAAAAGGGAAGAGGUGCAUUUGAAAAGAUACUUUUAAAAAGAUUCACAAACACAGAUAAUUCACAAUCCCAUUUCAGGCCCACCACCAUCUUGGCCCAAUAUGCGUAUUUGUAGAACGGUUCAACGGCAUGUAUUCAGUGCUGAUUUAAAAAAAAAUUAAUUAAUUUGGGGACUGGGGAGAAUUAAGUUCGCAGUCCUCAGAGGAACAAGUAUUAUGUGGGCUGGUAAUGGGCAAAGAUUCACUUCUAGAUGCAGAAGGCCAAACUGAAAUGAAUUGAUGUGAAAGUGCAAGACACACCUGAGUGCCUGUAAUGCUCCAGGUCACAGCAAUUUCUGGGCUUCAUCAGAUGCUUGCUAGAUGCUGCCUGUGGCAGAUGAUUGCAGGAAGGACACAAGCUGUCAAAGAGUUUUCAUUCUGUAGCAAUUCCACUCCCCCUCUCCCAGCUUGAGGAAGAUAAGAUAUGGCAAGGCCUAGUUAAUGCCUAACCUGGCUGGAAUUUCCCUAGAGAUAAAAGAGAAGCAAAGAUAAUAUAAGAGGAGGACUCUCUCCCUUGAUGUGCUUCAAAGCACAACACCUGGGUGCCUCUUUCCCCAAACUGAAGGUGUCUGGUACUAAGAUGAAGCUGCCUGCUUCUGCAUCAAACCACUAAGUUUAGGCAGACUGGCAGAGAGAGGCCAUAGUGCUGAAACUUGCAGGACAAGCUACACUUGUUGAAAUUCCCUCUUCUACAUAACUAUUUAAAACCUGUCCUCUUCUUCACCUGACCAUACUAGACUGAAAUGGUACUGUCCGUUCUUACCACUUCAUCCUGACUGAUGCAGAUAUUGGACCUGCACACAGUUAUUUCUGUUGCUAGGUUUCAAACAGAAGAGCUAAGGCAGCGGGAACCAUGGAAUGGUUGGACUUGCUGCUUGGCACCAGUUGUUGGCACCAGUGUCAUGCUGUUCUGUGCCGUAGGCAAGGCUAGCUACUUACAUCAGCCCCCACCCCAUCAAAACUGCCACAUUUAUUUUAAAUUUCAAGAAGAAUAAAUGCAGCAAUCUUUGGUGAUCUUUCUCAAAUGCAAAAGAAAAUGUUUUUAGCGCGCAAAUCAUUCUGAAUGAUUUUGUGACCUGUGAGUUCACAACAUUUAGGUCUCUUGAAAGUUUCAAUUUCAGGCACAUCGAAACCUCACUUUGUGUGCCUUCUCCUUUGCAGAUUUUGUCACCAAUGUCUUCAGGUCAAGUGCUAAUGCUUCGGCAUAUUCAGUUAAUAUAGUUGCUAAGCCAAGUAGCCUCUUUUGCAACAUUGUUGAGAGUAUGUAAUUUUUUUAUAAGUUUGAGCUUUAAGAAACUGUGUUCGCUACUUGCCACUGACACUGGAAGUAUAAGCAGGAUCCUUAGAGCAACAGAAGCAUUAGGCACAUUAUACAGGUGUUUUUGUUGUAGUAUGACGAGAAGUACUCAUUGUGGCCACGUGGACUGUGGAAGUCUUUGAGUUGUAGCUAUAAGUUCACAGCAUAGAUCUUCCGCAUCAAUAUCAUUGUUUCCAUUGUGUAUCAGUGAUUUUUUUCCAAAUUCUUGCAGGCCUUAAGUUACAUUUUCAGUAGAUUUUUUGUUGAUAUUUUAUAUAACAUACACGAAACCAAAUAGGAAAUAACAUUGGACUCUCUCUGCAACAGAUUGUAUGGCCAUGUCUUAGACAGUAUAGCAAAAAUCUACUUUGAAUUUCUGUUUUGGAUCUUGUGGUGCAUCUCCUUAGGCCUCAUCCUCAAACUUCCAUUUCUUUCUCCUUUUCUAAAUUUCUCCUUUUUCUAACUUGUUCUGUCUCAAAGUUUGGUAGUAUUUUUAGCUCCUUUGCAAUCUCAGUAGCAUCUCUCAAAACUUAGCAGGUUCACUGUAAUUCAAGUCAGGCACAAUAUCAUCUUCUUAUGCAGACUUUGCAGCACUCUCACUUUUCUUGACAUCCUCUUUUUCCUCUGAGUGUUUUCUAUAAAUAUCUCCCAUUUGUGAAACUUCUGCCUUAGAGUUUAUAUCAUUUGCAAUAGGAGCACCACAUUCAGCUCCCUCAGUGCUUGUUUCAACAAGGGGAUCGUCAUACUCUUGUUCUUCAAUUGCUUUCUGUGUACAAAGGUAUUUCAGGAAGAACCCUCUUGCUUCGAUACCUUCGAUACUCCUUAGCUCUACCUCUCAUUUGCAGUACUGAGCUCCAGAUGGUGGGUUGUUUUCCCCCAGCCAUAGCUCACUAGAAAAAGGAAUACAUUUUCUUUCCUUUGUACAUACAUUUUUUAUUAAAUCUUUCUAACAUUUUCACAAUAACCUUCAAAUCAACGACAUUGUUUCGUAAGUUGUCUUCCCACCUUCACCCCCGCAGUGUUUUUACUGAAACCUCCACAGUGUUUUUACUCAAAGCUGCAAAAGAAAGGGAAAGUGGUCUGUAGCUGUUAUAUCUUUUUAACCUCUCUCUUAUUGCAUAAGCACAAUGUUUGAUAAAAGAGAGCAGCAACCCAGAUGAUGACUGCAAUGAUGAUGAUGAUGAUGAUGAUGAUGAUGAUAUACCGUGUUUCUCAUAUUAUAAGACAUGUCUUAUAUUUAUUUUUUCCUAAAAAAAAACACACUAUGGCUUAUAUUAAGGGGAUGUCUUUUUUCCCCUCCUCCUCCUGCCAUGGCAGGCAUUGCUGCUGUGCCUAUCACUAUGUCUUAUUUUCGGGGUAUGGCUUAUAUUCCUUGAAUGCUUAAAAAUCCUGCUAUGUCUUAUUUUAUGGGUAUGUCUUAAAAUAUGAGAAACAGGGUAUUGUGUAUACUCCACGCACAGUGUGAUAGAUAUAUCCAUUUGCCUCCUAUUUUAGGCUUCCCUUGUCCCAGUGGGUCUCCCGUGUUAAACAAACACACAAGCAAGUAGAUAGGAGGCAUAAAAUAAGACAAACCGAAGAGGACAUUCCCAUGACAACUUACUUUGUUUAUUGAUUUAUUAUUACAUUUAUACCCCCAUGUUUCCUUCAAGGAGUUCGUGGUAUAUGCAGUUCUACCCUUUCCCUGUUUUAUCCUCACAACAACCCUGUGAGGUAGGUUAUCUGAGAGAGCGUGGCUGACCCAAGGUCGCCCACUGAGCUUCAGGACUGAGCAGGGUUUUGAACUUUGCUUUGUUCCAGUCAACGCACCAGAAAGAUCAAUGGCAAAAAGGGAGGCAUUACAUUAGCCAAUAACUUCAGCUGAGUGUAGCUUGUGUCACAAAAAGAAAUUGUCUUUCUGCAUCAAGGCAAUCCUAAUUCUGUGCCAUGAAAACCUGAUUGCUGCAUCAGUCCCACCCUGACCUCUUGAGAUGUCAUCCUACGUUUUUCACUCAUUCCAAUAUUUCUUUAUAGAAAUAAGGAAUUAUAAAAUUCCUUAAGGAAUUUUUAAAAUUUGCUUGUUAAACUGUGCUUGGUACCAUAUCCCACCCUUGUGAUCAGCUUCCACAGAAUACACUACAUCUGAAAGAAACCUUAUUCAAAACUUUUGCAAAAAGAAAAGGUCAUGAAUUCUGACACUGAUCCCCAGGCCAAAGCAAGGAGACACAUUGGAUUGGGCUCAAUUUAUGCCUUCUCGACAGUCAAUAUAUAUACCACAUGUGGAUUUAUAUCACAGGGUGUUAGAAAGAAGCUUGGGCCCUGACUACAAAUUGUAAUAAUAUAACAUGAAUAAAAUUGUUUCUGUUUUUA